CGGCAGCUGCCGUUGCGUCUCCCCGGACAGACAGACCUAUGUGGCGGACGUAAGGUGAGUAAUGGAGACGAGAGAGUUGACUGUGGUGGCUGGCAGCUUUGUGGGGUUCCAGCUACUUUUCUCCGUGGCCAGCCCGCUGUUCUCCUCUGCCAUCACGCCAGGCUAUGGACGCCUGCCUCCCACCAAGCUCACCGAGUGGAACUCGAGAUUGGUGUCCACUGUGCACGCCUUAAUCGUAGGCUUCUUCUGUCUCUACAUCCUGUGGUUCGAUGACGCCGUCAACACUGACCCCGUCUGGGGUGAUCCCGGCCUGGUCAAGCUGAACGUAGCCAUAACCUGCGGUUACUUAAUUUAUGACCUGGUGCUGCUAGCCUGCAACUGGAGCACUAUGGGGGACAGCUUUUUUGUGUGUCACCACUUGGCGGCGCUCUAUGCAUACGGAUACGUCCUGACUCGUGGAGUGCUUCCCUACUUUGCCAACUUUCGUCUGAUUUCAGAGUUAUCCACGCCUUUUGUGAACCAAAGGUGGUUCUUUGAGGCGCUGAAAUACCCCCGCUCGGACCGGCUGGUGGUGUUGAACGGCGUCGCCAUGGCGGUGGUGUUCUUCCUCGUGCGCAUUGCGGUCAUGCCCCCGUACUGGUCCAGCGUCUUUGCAACGUUUGGCACGCCGGCCUUCGAGCGGCUCGGCCUGGGUGCCCAGGUGGCCUGGAUCACUUCCUGCAUCGCCCUGGACAUCCUCAACACUAUCUGGAUGUACAAGAUCACCCGCGGCUGCUACAAGGUGCUGACCAGGUCCGGAGGACGGAAGGCUAAAGGGCCGGAGACAUUCUCUUCCUCCGAUAAGCAGAACCACGUGAACAACCACACAGACUAAAGAGGUCAGGGGCAAAGGAGCACAAUAGAAAAUACUAUUUAGGAAACAAACAUUAAGGGAGAGGGAGGUUGGACAUCCAGGAAACUCUUACCACAAACCCCUAACCCUUAGCCGUGGCAUUGCUUACAGCCGUCAGUUCCCCAUCAGAUCCCAC